GCGCACACAUCAGUACGCCGGUAUCUGACUUGGAUCUGCACUGUGCAUCACAAAAAAUCCACUAUCCGACUAUACUGCGACUCAAACUGCCAUAUGCGACGAACAGCAGCCAUGACCGUUGCCACUCAGUCCCCAGUGACGGUCAUCGUCAACAGCAUCCGUGGACAGAACAUCGCUUUUGCUGCGGAGAAGGAUGCGCCUCUUAGCUCCAUCUACGAAACACUCUACGAACGCGCUCCCUGGAUACACAACUCGUCUUACAUCCUCACCACAAACGCGCGCCGCUCAGUCUGCCAUGGCGAGGCCCCCGUCUCGUCACUCCUUUCUUCGCCAGCAGACACGUUCCUCCCGCUGCGUCUGACUGUGCCUUUGUGUGGUGGAAAGGGUGGUUUCGGAUCCAUUUUGCGCGCCCAAGGUGGUCGCAUGUCCUCGCGCAAGAAGAGGCAGGGUGAUGUCAACGGAUCCUCUCGCAACCUGGACGGACGUCGCCUACGCACAGUGACCGAGGCCAAAGCACUUGCCGAGUACCUGGCCAUCAAGCCUGAGAUGGAGAAGAGGGAAAAAGAAGAACGUCGAAAGAAGCUGGAAGACAUUGUGGCCAGUACCGAGCGGAAACAGGAAGAACUGCAACAUAGCAGAGGCACAGCGCGUCUAGAUGGGCAGUGGGUAGAAGACAAGGAAGAGGCCGAGAACAAGACCCGCGAGGCUAUUGAGAAGAUGUUCAUGGCACAAAGGGAGAGCUCAGAAGAGGAAGAUGAGAGGGACGCUCAACCGACAGCAUCUGUAUCAAAACCUGUUCAGCAGCGAACUAUGUUUGGUUGGGACGACGAGGACGACGAGUUCAUGAGCGAUAGUGAAGAGGAAGACGAUGUCUCCGAGGAGGAUGCGAAGCCUGUAGUCGAGGGAAAAGGAAAAGGCCGAUCUGUCUGAGCUCUUUUACACAUUUGCAUUGACGGGAUUCCAUGAUGCAACAUGAUUUUUGGCUGCAUGAUACGGCGUUUGGAUUAGUUGAUAGAUACCCAAUACUACAUUCUC